AUGGAACUUAUCACUAAUUUUCGACUUUUCUCACAGCCUUCUGAACAUACAACACAACCGAACGGGGUGGCGCCGGGCGUGAAGAAGGAACCCAAUGGCGAGCAGGUGACUUUCGUGUCAACCCUCGCCCAUCGAGCACAAUCUUUGAGUCCGCAGAAACAGAAGCAGAAGUCUCUUGAGAAUGCGGGCUUUGUUGUUUCAAAGAAUCCUGAACCAUCGCCUUCGGCUUAUCAUCACAGUCCCUAUGAUAGCGGGGACAAUGAACGAUCUUUUCGUGCCGUGUCCACGACCAUCCCUCAGAAGCGCAAGAGCCAGAGCGCCGAGGCCUCAGAUGUAAAUGACUCUUCGGAUGAACUUUCCUUACCACUAAUUUCUCAAAAUGGUGUUCUUGAUAAUGGUGUCGACUCUACGGGUCCCAGCCUUAAGGCGCUUGGGAAGAGGCCUGCAAUUUCCCCAAAGACUCCAAGCCCGCCACCUCAGUUGCCCCCUGCGGAUUCUGUGAGCGUCGUGAUCCCUUCUCCCUCGGCUGCUCAGAGGCAGCAGAUGAAACCGUCGCUUAAGCCUGAAUUCAUUGGCCUAUGCGAACGAUAUUUUCCGACUGGUCGAGAGGAGCAGGUUAAGGCUCAACGCCGAGCAUACCCGAUUGCCACGGCUGCCAAGGUCAACAAGAAGGUGGUACCUUUCACUAUUGCAAAGCCGACUCUAAAGGAGCACGAGCCUAAGCCCGCUGCUUCCCUCUCUCUGGCAAAAAGCUUCCCCUCUCAAGGAUCCGCCUCGAACCGAGCCAUAGAGCCUGAAACCAAGGCUUCAACUGCGAAGCUUCUUCGUAAGAAGCUUCGGAAGAAGCUCAAGCGAAUCUGUGGCGGACCGGAGACCUUGUUUGACGUUAGCGAUGAGCAACUUGCUACCUUGUCUGCCAACUUUUUCUUUGUUGGUGACUAUCGACUCGGGCCCGGCGUAACGCCCAUCGACGAUGAUUUCCUCACCGGCUGCGACUGUGGCACCGUUUGUGACCCAAGCACCUGCCGCUGCCUGAUUGAGGAAGAGGAUUCCGAUGAGCUAAUCGUGGCCUAUGAACGGCUGGAGUCUGGAAUGGUCGUCGUGCGAAAAGAGUUUUUGGACCGAAAAGCAAUGAUUUCAGAGUGCAGCUCCCGAUGCCUAUGUGCCGGGAGCGACUGCUGGAAUCAUGUUGUUCAGCGUGGCCGUCAGGUUCGUCUAGAGGUUUUUGAUACCGGCGAGCGGGGACUCGGUCUGCGAUGUCUGGAGCCUCUUAUCGUAGGACAAUUCAUCGACUGCUACUUCGGUGAAGUGAUCACGAAGAAAGAUGCCGAUGCUCGGGAGUCCGCCAACGAAGGCAAGCCAUCUUAUCUCUUCAACUUGGACUGGCUCCUCGGAAAUGGACAUCAUACCUACGAGGAGAGCUAUGUCGUUGAUGGACAGAAAUUCGGCACUCCCACGAGGUACAUCAACCACUCUUGCAAUCCUAAUUGCAAAAUCAUCCCCGUCUCGACGAAUCGCCUCUCCGAUCAGAGGCUAUACUACCUCGCCUUUUUUGCGAUUCGCGACAUUCCCGCCAAUACAGAGCUCACCUUUGAUUACCACCCGAAAUGGGAUCAAGAGAAGCAAAUUGACCCCCACGCUGUCAAGUGUCUCUGCGGCGAACAAAACUGCCGAGGCCAGCUAUGGCCUAAUAUCCGCAAGAAAGGCAUCCAGGAGGACUAG